UGGCUGGUGGACUCAAGGCGUUGAAUGUUGUGGCUCCAGUAGGAGAGUGGAUCAGCGAAGGUUGAAGUGGUUGAUAUAGACUACUGGAAGGGACUGACGCUAGGUGACGUGAUCGGGUUUACGGUGUCGACGAUGUGAACAAUACUGGUAUUAAAGUAUUUGCACAUGUGCACCGGUUCACGAAGCGAUACUGCACUCUGAUCGGAAUGUGGCAUCCUCUAAUUCUAGAGUCACGAACCAAUAUCCCUGUGUAUGUGCCGGCUUUCUUAUACCCUUGGGAGGUUUCAUCCAACAUAGUUUGCAUCGGGGAAUGAGCGCGGUGACGGUUACCGGAGAUAAAGAGACCAAAAAAUUGAGUCCGUCUUUUCUGUUGCAACACUACUUUACACUCAUGGAUGAUCAAAUAUUUGCCUAAUCGGUGAGCCAUAUGCACACACAGGGACUUAGCAUUCAUCUUUACCAGACAUUCUCGUUUAAGGUUUACUAAGCUUUAGAUUGAGCGAUGGUUUCACAACGUCGAGUUUUUCAAGAAUACAGAAUAGGCUCUAGGCUUAUUUUUCCAAUAUUUUGCAGCGUUCUGUCCCGAUUCUGUUUCGAUGUAUCCCAUGUGGAACUUUCAGAUCAAUUACAUUCUGCAUACCUGGGGCAUUUUCAUUAAUCCUUUGAGAUAAUAGGUCGGAUCAAGUCUUGUACCGCCAGAUAUGCAAACAUGCAUUAUCCGACGCAUGGUUGGAAAUUUCUUUUCAAACAAUUCAUUGAUAUCAACGUGUUCAACUGUAUAUUGAGAAAUUCUAUCGCACAGUAAACCUUCCAAAGGAUUCUAUUGCAGAUCAGCUGGAUAUACUAUUUGUCUUAAUGCACAGAUUUGCCAGGUGUGGACAAGAAUGAUAACAAUUUCGCAGAGCUUCGCAAGACCCUUGCACACACAAUACUCGCACAAUUAAAAUUUCUGAUGCAUGUUUGUUAAUCGGCUCGAAACCGGAUUGACAUGGUUUUUGUGAAGGUUGAAAGCCUGAAAUGAUCCAUAUAUGUCACGCCUGUUGGACUUGGUAAAGAAAUAAGAUGGUCCAACCAAGACUGAGUGGCGAUGCUUCCAAGUACUGGUUGAGAUCGAGGAGUGCCAGAAAGAACGGUGGAGAAAACUUAGUGUUUGUGGAUCAUAUUCAAAAUAUUUUUAACGGCAGCCUUGCAAGAUCGUCAGCAAAGAAGGAGGAGGGUACAUCCGCUGCUGCCAUACCUACCACCACUUCAACCAACCAAUAUUCCCUAUCUGGUUCUUCGACUGCACCUACCAUACGCAAAAGCACACGCCUCUUCGAAAAACGAGUGGCUUUGUUACCAGGUCGUCAUCGAGUAGGGCCGCAGUAUUGGCUUCGACCAAGGUUGAGAGGGGGAAAGCGAUCGCUCUUGGUUUCGGUGAAAUCACUGUAUCUUUCAGAACAACAAGAUCUGAAGGACGGUGAUAAGAAAAUCAAGCCUUGCAGUGGCUGCUGUCAACCAACUCCGCACAGCAGGAAGAGCGCCCGUUUGAUUGAAAAGCACGCAGCCUCACUAAUAGGUUGUCGAGCAGGAAGAGCUCACAAGCGCAGGCGCAAAGGCUCACAAUUCAAAAGGAAGAAGAAACGCGUAUGCUGGUUAUAUUUAGGAGCUCCUUGGUUGGGAGGCUGCCAUAAUUUGAAAAUGCCUCUUCAUGAAAGGAGGACAGGACUUAGGGUGGACUCUGAUUCUGGGUGUAAGGGUCUUGUAGUUGACGCUGUUAACUCCUCCAGUGAAAAAUUCCGUGAUCCUGCAAGCCGCCCUGUCCUACAGCGCCUAACUGACCUUGGGCAAGACGACUUGCUGCAUAGUAUUCUGGAGAAGUUGCCACCUGCAAAUCUUCUCAAAGCUUCACGAGUGUGUAGGUCAUGGGCAAGUCUUUGCGAACCAGCCUUAAGAUUGCAAUGUCAGCGACAUGGAUGGUCGUUACCUCGUCUUCCUCGUGGUGCCACCCCAGCAUUUCCAUGGAGGUCUUUGUACUACAGGCAUGCGUGCCGAGCAUGCGGUGAGGUGGGGGAGUUUUUGGUGAGGAAGACCCUGAACAGCAACGUGCAGUUUCUGCUGUGCGGGCGGUGCAUUCGACUUGGCGGAGUGCAGAGCAAACUGGCGCAGUACUCCAUCGACCUGUGUGGUGUCACAGGCAAGCUGCGGGGUCCUACUAAUUCGACCCCGGGAUCCAGGCCUACUUAAGAAACUACGACGCAACAUUUGCAGCAACUCCUGCUUUCUCUGUGUAAAUUUACAGAUCUAUGUAUUCUUUAUACACUAUUUAUCCGUCUGUCUUUCCUCUUGCUGUGGUCUCCAUACAUCCAGCAGUUGUUGUGUGCCAGUUCCAUCCCCAGGACCCUGCUCACCUACGUAUCUGCACCUUCCAUCACAUUUUCCACCAAAUGUCUCGACCUCAUGCACUCACGUUAACACCACCACAACAACAGAGUCCUAGGCCAUCCGCAAAAUUUGUAAUAAACAUUGAAAUAUCUAAAAAUUAAAUAAAAACCCAUUCUUUUGUAAUU